AGAAAACGUACGAAAUCACAAAAAUAUAUAUAUAUAUAUAUAAAAAAUGGCCGCCAGCGCUCUCGUCCCCGUUGCCUACCACCUGUUUCAAGGCCUACAGGGGGUGGAUCUCCGUAGCUACACGGAGGGCUUCGACCUGCAGCAUUUCAUCCACAACAUCGACUUGAAGACUGUCAGCUGGAUCGCUCUGGUGGUGGUUGGCAUCGUCUUCUUGUACGAUCUCUUCACCAAGUCCUCUGGGUACAAUGCCAAGAGUCUAGCGGUCGCCGCUGCAGACACCUGGCAGGAAAAUAAGAACCAGAUUACUUAUGGCAUCACUGCUCGAGGAAGCAGAUCUCUGGAGCCUCUGACAGAAGUCCUGGAUGCCUUAGCAGAGGCAGUGAAGAAAUGGGAAGAGCCUGGCAGCAAUGUUUUGGAGGAGCGUUCAUAAAAGAAAACAAAAAUGUAAAUCCUUUAGGAACUAUUCAUAUUCAUAGACAUCAUUCAUCAUCGUCAUUCCUUCACAAAAUACAUUUAGUGAUUUUCUGGCAUUCACCUGCGUUUGCUAUUUAUUUACCUAAUCCUCAUGAUUUAUUUUUAGGAGCUGAUGUUAUUUACAUGAUUAAUUAUCUCUGAAUAAAAGAAAAUCCGCGAAAUUUUGUCUUCUUUGUAUAUCUUAGGUGGUAAACGGGUAAAAACUAGUACAUGUAA